AGGUGGAGGAGGAGGAUGGAGGAAGGGAGCGACACCCCCCAUGUGGUGCUGCUCUAUGGCCCCUACGAGGCCUGCGGACUCGUUCGUCACCGGCCCUGGAGGCUCCUGGGACUGCUGUCCCUGCUCCGCCGACACGGGUUCACGUGCGCGCCGGAGCGCGUGCACGCGCGCGAACACGUGGAGCUGCGCGUGCGCGGCGAGGUGGUGUUCACGUGCCGCGUCACGGGCCUCGAGUUCGGCACUCGCAAGGGGCAGCCGUGGGUCCGGCAGCUCCGCGGGGACCUAAGUCGGGGUCCUCGCUGCUUCACGCCCCUUCUCUCCCCCGGCCGCUCAGCUACCGACGCCAUGAGUGAAACAGCAGCCGUAACCAUCCGCACGCGGAAGUUCAUGACGAACCGCCUUCUGCAGCGCAAGCAGAUGGUGGUUGACGUCCUCCACCCGGGCAAGGCGACGGUGCCCAAGACAGAGGUGCGCGAGAAGCUCGCCAAGCUGUACAAGACCACCAUGGACGUGGUCUUCGUCUACGGCUUCCGCACGCAGUUCGGAGGCGGCAAGACCACGGGCUUCGGCAUGAUCUACGACACUCUGGACUUCGCCAAGAAGAACGAGCCCAAGCACCGUCUCGUCAGGCACGGGCUGCUGGAGCGCAAGAAGACUUCCCGCAAGCAGCGCAAGGAACGCAAGAACCGUCAGAAGAAGGUUCGCGGCACGGCCAAGGCUGCUGUCGGCGCCGCUGCCAAGAAGAAGUAGCGGCGAGGUGGCUACAGAAGGACUAAGCAUCCUGGAUGUCCGUUUGUCAAGACUUUUGACACGGUUGUACAUUGCGAAAUAAAACACCCGAAGCUGGA